AACAACAACAAAAAAAAGCUCCAUCACCUGAGGGCGGGGCCAAGCUGCGGCGCGUCCACGGCUGCUCCUGCGCGCUCCCGGCUCUGGUCUCCUUCAGUCAGCGGCGGUGUGGAGCAGCUCGCUGGGCUGAAGUUAAAUCUCUCCGGCUGUGUGUCGCUCGCUGUUUUUCUCUGCUGUCAGCCUCUUCUUCUUCUUCUUCUUCUUCCUCUUUUUCUUCUCCAACAUGCGUCUCCUGCUGCAGACAUGGGAUUCAUCUCCUCUGACUGGAAACUAACUGCUGCUUCUGUCCGUGUCUGGCUCUCUAUCAGCCGGGGAAACCCUGCAGCGCCAGUCUGAGCGGUUUUUUUUUUUUUUUUUUUAUCAACACCUUCCUCCUCCUCCUCCUCCUUCUCUCUUUAAUUCAUUUGUUUCCUGACGCUUCAUGUAUGGACUCCAGCAGCUGUGAGUGAGACUGUUUGGUAAUUUCCUGUUCACGCAGCUGAAGAUGGAGACGGUGAUGGAGAGGGAGUGCAGCGCGCUGGGGGGGCUUUUCCAGACUGUCAUAGGAGACAUGAAGGGCAGUUACCCCGUCUGGGACGACUUCGUCAGCAAGGCCAGCAAACUGCAGUCACAGCUCAGGACGACGGUGGUGGCGGUCGCAGCCUUCCUCGACACCUUUCAGAAGGUGGCCGACCUGGCGACCAACAGCCGAGGAGGAACCAGAGACAUCGGUUCAGCCCUCACCAGGAUGUGCAUGAGGCACCGCAGCAUCGAGGCCAAACUCCGCCAGUUCUCCAUGGUUUUCCUGGACUGUCUGAUCAACCCUCUACAGGAGCAGAUGGAGGAGUGGAAGAGAGUCGCCAACACUCUGGACAAAGACCACGCCAAAGAGUACAAGAAAGCCCGUCAGGAGAUCAAGAAGAGAUCUUCAGACACUCUGAAGCUGCAGAAGAAAGCCAAGAAAGCUGAUGUAUUCGGCCGCGGAGACAUCCAGCCGCAGCUGGACAGCGCCAUGCAGGACGUCAGCGAUAAAUAUCUGCUGCUGGAGGAGACGGAGAAGCAGGCGGUGAGGAAGGCGCUGGUGGAGGAGAGGAGUCGGUUCUGCUGCUUCGUCUCAAUGCUGCGGCCCGUCGUGGAGGAGGAGAUGUCCAUGCUGGGGGAGAUCACACACCUGCAGACUCUGACCGAUGACUUGAAGACACUAACCAUGGACCCACACAAGCUUCCCGCCUCCAGCGAGCAGGUAAUCGUAGACCUGAAGGGCUCAGAGUGCACCUGGUCCUACCAAACCCCACCCUCGUCGCCGAGCACCACCGUAUCCAGGAAGUCAAGCAUGUGCAGCAGCCUGAACAGCGUGAACAGUAGCGACUCUCGCUCCAGCGGCUCCCACUGUCACUCGCCCACCUCGCAUUUCCGUUACCGAGCCUCCUCUUCCUCCUCCUCGGCGCUCCCUCAGCAGACGCCGGCCCGCCUCUCCUCCGUCUCCUCCCACGACUCCGGCUUCAUCUCCCAGGAUGCCUUUCAGUCCAAAUCCCCUUCACCCAUGCCUCCAGAAACCUCGCAGUUGUCAAAUGGUUUUGACCAUCACGCUGCCCUCUGUCUGCACGGAGCGGUACUGCAGCCCCAGGAUACCCACCUCCACCCUUCAUACUUCACCUACUCCUCCUCCUCCUCCUCCUCCUCCUCCUCCACCACCACCACCACCACCUCUCCCAUCUCCUCGCCCUCCUAUUCGUCUGUUUCUCCCAUGUGGCCGUGGUCUCGUUCAGGCUCCGGCCUGUCGGGAGACUUCCCGCCCCUCUGCUCCUCGGGGCUCGGAACGGUCCCGUCAUCCAGAAUCCCGUCCUGGAAGGACUGGGCUAAACCGGGCCCGUAUGACCAGCCCAUGGUCAACACCCUGAAGAGGAACAAGGACAGGAGAGAGACUACAGAUCCCAGCAGCCACCACGGCACUGAUGUCACCACACCAGGGGAAGAGCCUCAAGGGGUUAAAGGAAGCCCCUCUGUGAUAUCGCCUAAGCAGGAGGACCGGGAGGCCCAUGAGGAGCUGGCCAGAGCCCUGGCCCGAGGCCUUCAGCUGGACAUCCACGGAUCCAGCAGAGACUCACUGCAGGGCUCCAGCGGCUACAGCAGCCAGACCAACACACCCUGUUGCUCAGAGGACACCAUCCCCUCACAAGUAUCAGACUGUGAUUACUACUCGGUGGGAGUGGAUCAGGAAGGCGAACAGCAGCAGUCAGACUUCGAUAAAUCCUCCACCAUCCCCCGGAACAGCGACAUCAGUCAGUCGUACCGCCGCAUGUUCCAGUCCAAACGCCCCGCCUCCACUGCUGGCCUGCCCUCCAACCCCUCCGCCAUCGUCACCCCGGGAGUCGCCACCAUUAGACGGACACCGUCCUCCAAACCCAAUCUGCGGCGCCCCUCUGGGGGUCUUAGCUUGGGCCCCAUCCCCAUCAAGCCACCCAUGAUCCCAGUCAAGACCCCCACUGUGCCUGAUCAUCCGGGUUUCCCCAGCAGGGCGGCGUCAGAAGAUGGCAGCACACCACGAACCCCACUAAGCCCCCCAACCACGCCUCUGUCACCAGGUGGCAGCGGGCCGUCGUCAUCGAAGUCCAGUCUCUGGGAGAACCAGCACCAGGGCGAAGGGUCAGAUCCUCCCACCCCACCGCCGCAGCCCAGCGGUCGGGUGUCAGAGUGGGAGCGCCGGCCUCUCCCAGAGCUUCUGGAGGAGACAGAAUACGGCGAGGUGGAAGACUUUCUCGUGGCUAUCCGACGAGGCGUCAGGCUCAAGAAGACGACAACCAACGACCGAUCGGCACCGAUUAUUCACUGAGACGGGAAAGGUUGGUUCGACUUGCGGCAUUUCGCGUCCCCGGCUGAAGUUCAGUAAUUAUGCUCUCAACGGGGCACCAAAUGACCACGGCUAAAUACCUGCAAAUCAAAAGUAUGACAUCAGCUGAAUGCCAAGCGAAGGAGGGAAGUUGCCCAGAGACUCUGAUCAAGGAUCAGUUUUGAAAUUUCCACGCAAAAAGGAUGUUUCACCGAGGUGUAGUGAGUUCAAUACGGAUAUUUUGAUUGAAAAGUU